AUUACCUUUUAUGGAAAUAAAGUAGAUACCCUAAUUGACUUAACACAGGAAAUGUAUGGUAGCAUGAAAUGUGUGGAGUUGUGGAAAAUUGAGUUUGAAUGUAUUUAGCCUAGGUGCAUGUAAACUUUUGGCCUCAGCUGUAGAUCUUAUACCAUCCAGAUUAAUUCAAACUCACCUGCUCCAGGUCCGUAUUAUUAGCUGAGUCAUUGUGACUCGUGGAUUUCAGUUUCAGGUUAGCUGAAAAUAGUUUCAUCAUGGCUCAUUAUAUUUUUCUACCCACAAAGGACAGUUUUAUUCUAACCGCGCUCUUUACCACUGAUGAAAAAUUAAUUUAAAAAAUCGAAUGAUUUUUUUUUUCGUCCUUGUUGCAAGCUGAAACCGAUAAAUUCACAUCAGGUUGCCCCCUACAGAUAAAAAAAACUAUUGUUUAUUUACAUCAUCCAAAUGUACGCCUGUACAGUUUAUUAUGUAUAGAAUCCUGUCCUGUUUAUUUCUAAACUGUUGAAUUCAAUGUUUUGUGCUGUCUUCAUUUUAAUUUACGGUAAAUAUUUGAUCUGAGAAAUUGCCGAUCCCCUUUAAAUUAGUCUACGAAAUAGGUGAUUUCCUCUAUCAAAAAAAAAAAACCGUUCCGAAAUUCCGCCUCGACCGAACUCCACCUUGAACAGCAGGUAAAUCCUAGAGCGUAGGCUAUUCUCCACGCCUAUUUAAACAAGCUCUCCUUUUAGGAAAUCCAGCAUCUUACUGAGACUCAUUCCGCUUCGUGUUACUUAGUCCUCUCGUGGAAGAUGAAGAUGUAUACAUUACUCUGUAUCGCCUGCAUUAUAUGGACUGUGGAUUCCUAUGGCAAUGGCAUGGUUCCGGAAAGCUGUACAGAUAUGGUACCCAGGCAUCCCGGCAACGCUCAGACAACCUCAAGUCCCUACACUGUAACUUCUAACAUGACCAGCUACAAAGCAGGAGAUGCGAUUAAAGUGACUCUACAGGCAAGCUCUACAGCCUUCAUUGGUUUCAUGCUACAGGCUCGUGAAGUUGGUGGAAGUGUGCCUGUUGGAUCUUUCACUAUAACAAAUACGGGCACCCAACGUUUAAACUGCAACGGAGUAUCUAAUUCAGCAGUCACUCAUACCUCAGCUGCAAGUAAGACAAACGUCCAGGCAUUGUGGACAGCGCCAUCAUCUGGAAGUCUCAAAGACAUUGAAUUCAGGGCAACUUUUGUUCAAAGAACUAAUACCUACUGGGUUCAAGUUAAAAGUUCAAAAGUUAUUUUCAGUGGACAGCCUGGUCCUAACCCCACUGCUGUUGUUCAACCAUCAACUUCCGUGGGCGUAUCCAGUUCUGGCUGUGGGAGCACUAAAGUCUGCUUCAGUGAACCCAGUGGCUGUGACCCUGCUGCAGACGCCAACUGUCACUUUAUGGCUGUGUCCACAUCACCUGCAGCUUCAACCAUGCAGUUGGAAUUGUCUGGCCCCUCAGAUGGCUACAUCGCUACUGGCUUUUCAGAUGAUCAAGAGAUGGGAAAUGAUGAUAUUUACAUCUGUGGUUUAAACAGUAACAGUGCUGUUCAAGUGCAACAUGCCUAUUCUACAGGAAGAAGUGCCCCGGAAAUAUUAAGCCUGGAAAAUGUCACUGACAUUAAGACCUCUGUCCUCAAUGGGAUUAUUAGCUGUUCUUUCACUUCUCAAAACCCCAUCAAGACUCAGCGAAGUUUGUCGAGUUCCCCGUACUACCUCAUGUUUGUUUAUGGACCUUCUAAUAAUGGUCAAAUUCAAAUCCACACUGAGACAUAUGUCAGUGGAAAGAGUUUAGAUAUUACAAGUCCUCAAACAGUCAGCCCAUCUCUCCCCAGCAUUAUUAAAGCGCAUGGGGCUCUGAUGCUCAUCGCCUGGAUGACUACAGGUAGCCUUGGCAUGCUCAUUGCCAGGUAUAUGAAGUCAGCCACUAGAGGCACCACCUGUUGUAAUAAAGACCUUUGGUUUUUGGCCCAUGUGUUCCUCAUGGCCCUCUCUGUAGCUGCGACCAUCAUCGCCUUCAUCUUGAUAUUCUCAUACGCUGGGGACUGGGCCGGAGGUGCACAUCCCGUUCUAGGCUGUUUGGUAAUGAUUCUGGCUUUCGUCCAACCCUUCGCUGCUCUAUUUCGCUGCACGCCAGACCAUAAAUGGAGGUACAUUUUCAAUUGGACACAUGCUUUGAAUGCUCUGACAAUUAAAGUCCUAGCAGUGGGUGCAAUAUUCACUGGUCUGGCACUCAUUGACACCACAGCGGACAUGUGGAUCCAGAAGGUGAUGGGGGGUUUUGUUGGCUGGGAGGUCUUGCUAUUUAUACUCCAACAUGCAAACUUCAAGCGCAGUCAGAAUGAUGGCGAGAGGGCUUCACAAGUGGUGAAGGUGGAAGUGGGGCUUCUGAUCCUGUUCUUGAUUGGGAAUCUGGUCUUUUUGGUGGCCAUUCUCGUUGGUAUUGGAAUGUCGUAAUGACUCAUGGAGAAUGGACCAUGAACCGUAUCAGUGGAAAAUGCACUGCUUUGUAAACAUCCGCAACUACAUAUAUCUGAUUACUUUUAUUAUAAUAUAGGUCUGUGUGAAUUACAGCUGUAUAAUGCUAACAAAGCCAAGAGGAAAUGACUCCAAAAUUUUACACCUUUACGUGGCAAAAACAUAUUAAUUUCCUGUUAAGGUAAUUGUAAUGCAAUGUGCAUAAUAUACACAUGGCACAGCUCAGGAUGACUUCAGUUACAUUACAUUACAUUACAGGAAUUUGGCAGACGCUCUUAUCCAGAGCGACGUACAACAAAGUGUAUAGUUCCCUAGUGCCAGAAUGAAAUGCAAUGGUAACACACAUCCCAGUCACAAACAGAGAUUUACCUUAGCUCCCGCUGGUUUUCUUCUGUUGUGACCUUUGUGUUUAUGGCGCAGACUCAUACUUUGUGUGUCUGAUAUCUCCUGUGAUCGAGAUAUCCUGCCAAGCCCUCCCAUAACUAUAGUCUAUAAAGCACCUCCAUGGUAUCGGUUGCCACUUUGCAUAUGUUUGUUUCAUGUACAUAUGAUUAAACUCAUAUUACUUGUGAGUGAAAUGAUGUACAAAGUUACCUGGGAUAUUGAUGCUAUUGCUGCUGCUGUUUCUGCUGCUGCUACUGUUGUUUUUGUUUUUUCAUUGGUUGGAGAGGAUGAUGGUUUUUUAUUUUAUUUUAUUUUUUUGUAAUAUAUAAGGUAUUAAAGCUAAAAAAAAAUUCAUAACUGCAAAUAAUGAAAUUAUUAAUACAUACUAUUGUAUGAUUCCAAAGAUUUAGUCUCAGAUCCUACUCAUUAGGCAUAGGAUAGACUUUUGUAUUAGUUCAACAUUGUAAUCCGUGUGAGCUGUGCUAAAUGAAGUAUUCAUUUUAUAAUUUUGAUGAUAAAAAAUGAUACAUUUUAUUCUGCACAAAUAGAAAACUAAAACAUUUGAAA